AUGGCUCGGCGGUGCAGUAAUCCACUACUGUAUCUCUUCCACUACACUACAGUCAAAUAUGUGGUCACGCAGAAUAAAAAAGUUGGACUUUUAUACAGAUUCUUUCAACUUAUCAUCGUGUGCUAUCUGAUCGGGUGGGUGUUUGUGACAAAGAAAGGAUACCAAGCCGUGGACGACAAUAUUGAGAGCUCUGUGGUAACUAAAGUUAAAGGAACCGCGCGCGUCAAUACGAGCUAUUCAGAUUUAUGGGGACCGGAGGAAUACGUUAUACCAGACCAUGGUGGGAAGUAUCUUUUUAUUGUAACCAAUUUUAUUGAAACACCAAACCAAACAUUGACCACAUGUCCAGAGAGCCCCUCUGUACCAUUUGGCAAAUGCACCCAUGAUGACAAUUGCACGGAAGGAGAAGCUGUUAGGGCUGGAAAUGGAAUCAAAACCGGCACCUGUAGGAAAACAGAUGGGAAUGAAACCAACACAUGUGAAAUAUAUGGCUGGUGUCCCACUGAAAAGCCCAAACGUCCAGGGGCCGCAACUAUGUUGAGAGAAGCUGAAAACUUUACUGUGUACAUAAGGAUCUUCAUCAAAUUUUCCCAGUUCAACCUCUCAAAAAGAAAUAUUCUAAAGGAAAAAAAUUCGUCGUAUAUAAAAAGCUGUUUGCAUGAUGAAAUUCAUCACCCGUACUGUCCUGUAUUUCGGCUCGGAGAUAUUGUGAGCAAAGCUGGAUAUAGAUUUGAAGAAGUGGCUGCAAAGGGUGGUUCCAUCGGGAUUGCGAUUAGGUGGUCAUGUGACCUUGAUAUGGACACUUCAGAUUGCCAUCCUCAGUACAGCUUUAUGUCUAUGGGGAGCAGCACACCAGUCAAAGCUGGAUAUAACUUCAGAUUUGCUCGCUAUUACAGUGAUGCUGCAGGAAAGACGCACAGAACACUUUACAAGGUGUAUGGAUUUCAAUUGGAUAUCAUGGUGUUUGGAACGGCAAGCCAGUUCAGUAUUAUUCAUACCAUUAUUAAUGUCGCCUCCGUUCUUACUUUAAUGGCUGUGGGUUCUUACAUUUGUGAUGUCAUACUGUUGUUUAUGGUGAAGAAGAAAUAUGCUAAGUUUGAGAGCUUGAUAAAGGCUGACAAAGAAAUCACAUUACAAAAGAUGCCAGACCAUUCGAAAAGAAAGUUUAGUUUCUGAAUUUGGCAGUGCUUGUGCUGUGAAAUAUAGGAAAAGCAGCGAUACUGUUUUAAAGAAUUUGUAAACAAACAAAUGAAAUUGAGUAAUGUUCAACGUAGAGUGACGCGGUGGCGCAGUGGGUAGCAAGUUCGCCUCACAGCAAGUAGGUCGCUGGUUCGAGCCUCGGCUGGGUCAGCUGGCAUUUCUGUGUGGAGUUUGCAUGUUCUCCCUGUGUUCAAGUGGGUUUCCUCUGGGUGCUCCCCCACACUCCAAAGAAAUGUGCAAUAGGUGAAUUGGUCAUGCUAAAAUUGACCGUAUAUGUGUGUGAAUGGGUGUGAAGUUGGCGGUUCAUUCCACUGUGGCGACCCUAAAUGAAUAAAGUGACUAAGCCGAAAAGAAAAUGAAUGAAUGCUUAAAUUGUUUGUUUAAAUACAACCCAAAUUAAUAGUUUACAACCAGUUAACUUAAAAAAAAAAUGUAAA